AUGAGCGAAAUCAUUCUUGUACAUAAGGUAUUUACAGAUAAGGAUGCCAUUGGUUCUGCUUGUUCUUUGACAUCAAUUGCAAAUAUUCAAGAAGUCAUCUCCAAGUUUAAAAAUGGCUGGAAGCCCAAAAAUGUGGAAAAGGAAGUUUUUGAAAUCAUGAGAACAUUGGAAAUGUUCAAAACGAUGGAUCCCAAAGAAGAUAAAGCCUCGGGGACUGGGUGGGAGAAAAAAUAUAGCACGGAAGUGUGCAAAGCUUUGACUUUCAUCAUGAAUCAAGGGAAUAGCGCAACUACUAAGAGUCCUUACCCACCUUAUUCCCCUCCCAAACAAGCAGGUGCUUCUGGAGGUAGCAAUGAUGGAAAUCUUAAAGAAGGAGCUACAAAUGUAACACCGCCUUCUACCAACGACACCGCUAAUCGAGGAGGGACUUCAAAACCCAAAAAGCCCUCAGCCCCUCUAAAAAGAGCAAGCGAACAGCCAGCAGCAGCAUCUACAUCACGCCCUGCUCUUCCAGAACGACCUAGAGAAGGAAGACCCGGCGACAAUAUCAAAGUUACCCCGCGAGGGUCUUCAACUGAGAGGCCACCAGUUGCUCAGUCCAGUACCCCUUCAUCUUCGACUAAGAAUCCACCGCAGACACGUGGUGGACCUAGAAACUCCGCUAACUCGGCUUCAAUUCCUCCAAAGACCGAAAAUGGAGGGUCUAGAAGGGCAUCGCAUCGCAGCCAUGGUUCUUCUAGUCGAGCUGUCAGACAGGUUCCAACUGGAGGUUCCAAAACUGAUGAGGAAAAAAAGAUAAUGCUAGACAAUUUGCCUAGGCAAAAGGGAAAAGGUAUCUAUGGAGGUAAAGGGGGGUACGUUUAUGUCCCUGUUGAUUCUGAUUAA